UAUAUUGUCUCGAAAACAAGAAAGAAAUGUAUGCAAAAAAUCUAACAUCUUCAUUUAAUCUAGAUUAUUUAAACAAUAACAAAGAUGAUACAUUAAAAAGAAUAAAUACAGGACAAUUAUAUGCGAUCUUUAUCAGGUUUCAUCAUCUAAUGAGUUUUCAACAAAAGAUGCUACAAUGGAGAAAUCUGACAUGCCAAUAGAAGAAAAGGAACAUACCGUCGAGCACUUUAAACAUCUAUUGUACAAAGAGAAAGAUAGGCUUCAAAAACGUUGCGAGUAUUGGAUGGAAAUACAAUCGAGAAAUAACAUUACGGAAGAUAUUCGGUGUCAUAUUAAUCAAGCAAUAGGACAAACGACUUUGUUAAUUAAUAAGAAGUUUAAACGAUUUGAUAGUUUAAUACUACUUUGCGAGGAAGGUAACACUGUCAUGCCGAUAACUUGUACUGAUUUGCAUGGAUUUUGGGACAUGAUGUACAUAGAAGUGAAGGAUUGUAAUUCGCGGUUUGAAAAAUUGAAAAAGGUUCGAGCUAGACAUUGGCGAGGAGAGCAAUCAUCUUAUACAAACUCCGCUACAAAAGAGACAAAUGCUAAAAAGCGAGCUGUAUCGCGAAGUUCAUUACAAGCAUCGAUUUCAUCCGAUAAGAAAAAAAAGAUGGUAAAAAUGCGAGAUAACGAGAAAGAUCCGCAUCAGAUUUUACUUCGGCCGGUCUCUACCGAAAUAAAUAUAAAUAACGAAUUUAUUACUCCUUUAAAUGAUAAGGGGACUGCAGAGAUUAUUGAUAAAAGUUGUAAUGUAACGCGUCGUAAAUGUUGUAAAGAUUUGCUUAAAAUGUAUGCACAUCCUAUGUAUACAUCAACUCCAUUACUUAAUAACGGCGAUAAAUCAAUCAAUAUGAAUGCUUCGCUUGUAUCAAUGAAAAUAAGUCAAUUGUGCAACAAAUUUACAAUGCAAACGGAUGAUCGCACGUGUAUAUCGGUUGAACAAACAUCUAGAAAAAGCAUAAUGGAAAAAUCG